GAAUCUGCAGAAAGUUCGGGAGAAAGCAUGGCUGGUCGAAGGAUUCCGCGUAAAAGGGUACCACCCAAUCGCCUUGUUGAGGAAAAUGAUGGAGCAUAAGCAACAGCACCAACUCAACAGGUGUCCCUUCAAAAAAUGAAGGAGGAAAAUGUUUUUUUAAAAGCUAAAAUUAAAUUCUUAGAGGACAAAUGCAAGGACAUCGAAAGUGAGAGAGAUUUCCUGCGUAGCAGUCUGACCAAUGCCUUGUCAGCAAAGGAAGACAUGAUGGGAGCUUCCUGCAAACCCAAAUAUGAUGAUCCUGUGUCACAGUCUUCCAGUACAGAAGAUGACCUUCAUACAGAACGGAAAAAGAAGACAAAGAGUAGAGGAAAAGUUGAGAGGAAAAAAAAACAUUGCAAAGUUGACUCAUCGUCCUCCUCUGAAUCAACCUCAUUCUCAUCUCAAUCCUCUUCAUCCCCUGCACCCCGAAAAUCCAGCAAAAAUAAGGAUAAAGCCAAGAAAAGGAAUGGAAAAAAAAAGCAGAAAUGCACAAGAGUCUUUCUUCCAGAGCAAGCCAUUAAGAGAUACAAGAAGGUCUUGGGCUAUUUGAAAGGUGGAACCACAAAAACACAGGCGUACUUCAAAUGUGGCAUGGAUAGAAAGACAGUUAUGUAUACUGCUGCUGUUGCAGAGCUCGAAGCAUGUGACAUCGAGGCCUACAAAAAUUUGCGUGGCACCUUCCAAAGAGGACAGAAACUGUCUGAUUUUGCAGAGCGGUGCAGAGAAUUAUGCAGACAGGAGCCACUGCAAAGCACCAUUGAAGAAACAAAGAAAGCUGGCAUGCUUAUUGACUUUUGUGAGAGACAAAAAUAACCUGUGUGUUUCUUUGUAUGAUAAAUACCAUUCCAUGCAUGUUCUAGCUCAGUGACUACACACACAGCCACUUUAACUUUUUCUUGUUCCAUACCUCUUGUUUAAAUUCAGCCAUCAUAAAUAAGGCCAUGUGUCUAUAAACACUUACUUUAGCUGUUUCUUGUUCCAUGCUUCUGGUUAAGCAUUGUUCUUGUUUUCUAGUCAUGAUGAGUAAAUAUCAUGGGCAACCAAACACUAAAGUCAUUUAAC